UGCUAACACAAAAUACAAAUGCAAACAAAUUCUUUGGAAUAGCAUUAUCUGCAAUUGUAAAAUCCCCCAAGGUUCAAAACUUGGGUACAACUUCUCAUAUACAGCAACCGUCCUCUCUGUCCACAACUCCUAGCCCACAACACCCUACCGCAACCGUCUUCUCCGUCCAGAAACUAUGUCGGACAUACCGUCGGAAAUCGUUGCCGACUUCUUAUCCCGAGUUCCCGCGCUCUCCCUGCUCCGAUUCAGGUGCGUUUCAAAAUCAUGGCGUUCGAUGAUCGAUAGCCCCCACUUCAUCAAAAUGCAUCUGAAUCGGACCCUCCAAACGAACUCCGAUCGGAAGCUCAUUCUUCGAUCAUGUUAUCUCUACUCUGCCGACUUCGAUCUGCUCGAGAAGACUAACCGUGCCGAUUACACGGAGCUUGACUACCCCUUGAAGCGGGACGAUAUAGGAAUUAAUGUCGUCGGCUCAUGCCACGGAAUCCUGUGUCUUGACGGCGGCGUUGAAGACAAAGAUAUUGUGCUUUGGAACCCUACGACUCGGAAACAAUAUGCUUUACCCUUCUCUGAAUUCGAAUUUCCAGGUGACGAUUUCUUCUGUACCAGUCGAUUGGUUUACGGAUUUGGAUAUGAUAAAGUGAGUGAUGAUUAUAAGGUAUUGAGAAUCAUACAAUCUUUUGACUGCGAGAGCGAAGUGAAAGUGUUUAGUAUGAAAUCAAAAUCGUGGAGGAAAAUCGAUUGCUUCCCUUAUUAUCUGAAGUUUAAGAGAGUUAAUGGAGUACUCGCUUCGGGUUCUUUGCAUUGGGUUGUAUGCAGCGAUGCAGAUGCCGAGACUGAAUAUUUAAUUGCUGCUUUUGAUCUUGAGACUGAGGAGUAUAGGUUGGUUCCCCAACCGGACUAUCCUAGAAGAAAGCGAAAGUUUCAUAUGAAUGUGCUGGCUUUAGGGGGAUACCUUUGUAUGAUGUGCAAUUAUCUCAAAUCCAAAUGUGUUGACAUAUGGGUGAUGAAAAACUAUCCGGCGAAGGAAUCUUGGACCAAGUUGUUAACCAUCCGAGAAUCGGACACUAAUGCGAAGUCUUUUGAUUAUGUAACACCGGUAGCAUAUUCCAGGAGUGGGAGGGAAGUGUUCAUGGUAGUUAAUGAUAUGCUACCUCUGUGGUAUGAUUUAGAGAAGAGACAGAUUAGUUACACAACCUUUUCCAUAUCUGAGAGUUUGAAUUUUAUGGAGCAUCACGUGUGUUUUGGGAGCCUGGUUAAGCUCGAUAGUGGCAUUGCUGGCAGUGCUGAGAGGGUGCCAGAUAAAAGGGAAGUGGUAGCUAGUCGCCGUGGUGCUAAGAAAAAGGGAAAUAAGAAAAGUGAUAACUUCCUGUCUGAGGGCUUCAAGUUGGUGCUUUAAUCGACCCAGGCUGCUUGCAAACAGAUGGUACUUAGAUCUCUUCUUCGCCAUGGGAGAUGCAAAGGAAAUCAAACGCGGCGCUCUAGUGUUCGAUUUCCCCCAUUGUGGCCGUAACAAAAACAAGAAGUGCGGCGACGCGUACAACAAGCCGUACGAACGAGGAUGCGAGAAGAGCCAACGCUGCCGCCACGACUCAAUCGGUGGGCUCCGCAGCGUCGGUCACGAUGGGGACCAUGAUCACGAGGUGGGACCCGGUGGACACGAUGAGGACCAUCACGAGGCGGGACCCGGUGGACACGAUGCCUUGUAAAGAUUGAAGCAGCAUGGCUGGUUGGUUGGUUGAAUGAGUUUCACAUAAUGAAACGGAUCUCAACCCAUCCUUCUAUAUUAGAGUCGAGUCCUAAAUAGCCAAUUUUUUUGCAUGUAUAACAUUACCUUAUAGUCUAUAGAUGUACUCUCUAUGUUGCAUUGUAUCUUAUCUACAAAUUAUGUAAGAGUAAAUUUUGAAGAUAACAUUGUACUGAAAUUAUAAAUUUUUUAAAUUUUACUUUUUUUGAAAUAGUAAUAUUUUAUGGGACAGAGAGAGUGUAGUUUUAGUAAAUGAAGGACAAGUUUUCCU